AUGUCCCGUAAAGUCACGCCAGGACGAAAACACGCCUACAAGGGCACGAGGGAAUGGAAAGAUGAAAACAGCAAUUUCGUGACUGUUGAAGACGUCACAUACAUUUCUACCCAGAGUACUCAAGUCAGACCUUUGCUGGCAUCUUCCAACUCGCUCUCAGUCGGUGUGAUGUUGGCAACGACUCAUGUUACGGUAGGCUUGGAAUUUCUCCCGGUCUUGAGUGCCCUCAGGUUCCAGUGUCCUUUUGUAUGUGCAGAGGAAUGCGAUGGUCAUAGGCUAUCCCGUGAGCUGUUCAGAAGUGAAGCCAUGAUAGCCACCUUGGAAGGUUAUAGAGAGCCGCUCGAAUCCCAUGAGCAUAAUCUCAUUGGAAAUAUUGGGCAUAAGUGGCCGAGUGGAUCUAGCACUCCCGAUAUUGCAUCGUAUAUUUGUAUAAGAAAUCCCCCUGGUGUGAACCGUCGUAAGACCUUAAGGAUUGCUGCUUACCAAAAGUUCCAACGCAUUUAUAGUACGCUCGCCACAACUCCCGUCCUGUGUCAGCUCAUCGAUUUGUUGCCAUUACAGCAGAUACUACAACUUCGGCGAGUCGGUUAUUCAGUAUCUAAGAAGAAGACUGCUGCGGCGAUUUUUCGCUAUAAGCGUUUUGCAGGGGGUACAUUGGUAUUCGGUUUGCCGGGCUGA